AUGGCAAGUGCUGGUAUAAAGCCGCUAAGGGAAUUCACCUCGGACCCGACCACGUGCGCCCAGGAAUGGCAGUUUUAUAAGCGGGAUUUUCUAAUACACAUCGAUGCAUUAGGACUACAGGAUAAACCAGGUCGACGAAAGGUAGCCAUUUUAUUGAAUAAUAUGGGAAGAGAAGCAGUGAAAAUUUACGAUUCUUUUACGUGGGUGAAUGAUGAUGAAAAGUAUGAUUUAGAAGGAGUUUUCACGAAGUUUGACCAACAUUUUGGAGUACACAGUCUAAGAAAUGUGAAGAGACAAGAGUUCCUCAACUCAAAAAGAGGUAACAUGACAGUUAUGGAUUUUAUCGCUACUUUAAAGAGGAAAGCAGAAUAUUGUCAGUAUGGUGAAGAAAAGGAAGGAUUCAUAUGUGACAUGAUAAUCAAUGGGGUAAAUGAUUCAAAAUUGUCAGAGAAACUUAUGGAAAUUCCACCUGCUGAGCUUACCCUGAACAAAGUUAUAGAAGUUUGCAGGCAAGUGGAACUCACUGCAACCCAUUUGAAGUCACUGGGUGAUGAGAAUCCAAAUGUUAAUACAGUGCAUACUCGCCGUCCUCAGGCUCAUGUAAGUCAUGAUAGAAAAAUGAUCAAGCAGUGUGUAUACUGCAGGAGGACACAUGAAAUUAGGAAAUGCCCAGCGUACAAUAAAUAUUGUGACAAUUGUGGGAGAAAAGGACAUUUUAAAAAUUCUGAUAUGUGUAACCAGAGAAACAGAGAGAGAUGGCCAAGCAGCAGAGGUAGAGGAAGUUACAGAGGAAGAGGCAGUGAAAGAGGGAACAGUAGAGACAGAAGAUUUUUUAGAGGAUCCCGUAGUGAUAGUGCAAGUCAUGGUCAAUCAGCGAGAUCUAGAGUUCACUAUGCUGAAGAUGCAAGUAAGGAAUAUGCUGAAAGUAGCUAUGAAGAAAAUGUGAAUGAUAUGUGUGAAGAAUUUGAGCAGAAUUGUUCGCUGACAGGGUCAGAUGUUUUCACUGUUAAAAAUAAUUCAGAAAAUAACAGCAACUGGUCUGCCAAUUUGAAUGUCAAGGGAAAGAAAUUAAUGGUUCAGUUGGACACUGGUGCACAUUGUAAUGUAAUAUCUAGAGCGACUGCAGAAACAUUCAGAAAUGUGGCAAAAGUCAAACCUAGUGACAUGGUCAUUACAGGAAUCAAUGGAAAUCCAACAAAGGCAUAUGGUCAGAUUACGCUACCGUGUAGCUACAACAAAAGUCCCCGUCGUGAUGUUGUGUUCCAAGUGCUGGACACUAACAGAAAUGUAAAUCUUCUAGGAGGAGAAGACUGCGUCAAUUUUAAAAUGAUUUCCAGGAUAAACAGUGUGCAUGUGACAACAGACGAAAUUUUAGAUCGAUACAAAGACGUUAUAAACAAUGAAAUUGGAUGUAUGCCGACUGAAUACGAGAUAAAAAUAAAUCCAGAAUAUACACCAGUUGUUCAUCCUCCGAGAUCACUACCAGUAGCAAUGAGGGAACAAGUCAAAAAGGAGCUAGACAACCUGACAAAAUGGAAAAUUAUUACACCAGUAGAAGAGCCGACUGACUGGGUGAGCAGUAUGGUCUGUGUGAGAAAGAAAAAUGGUAGAGUUCGGAUAUGUAUUGAUCCGGCAGAUUUAAAUAAGGCAAUAUUGAGAGAACAUUACCCGAUAAAUUCCAUCGAUGACAUUGUCACCAGGGUAAAUGGCAGCAAGUAUUUUUCCACACUGGAUGCGAACAAAGGAUAUUUUCAAAUCAAAUUGACUGAGAAAAGUUCAUUCUUGACAACUUUUAAUACACCAUUUGGAAGAUUUCGUUAUCUUCGUUUACCCAUGGGGAUUAAAUGUGCCAGUGAAAUCUUUCAACGUGAAAUGAACACACACUUUGGCAACUUAGAAGGAGUUGAAAUUAUGAUGGAUGACAUUCUCGUUCAUGGAAAAUCGAUUGAGGAACAUAAUGCGAGAUUAUGUAAAUUGUUGGAAAAAGCUAGAGCAAUUAAUCUCAAACUGAACAAAGAAAAAUGUGUUUUUGCAAAGACUGAAGUUGACUAUGUAGGACACACACUUACUGGAGAAGGCUUGAAGCCAACGCAGAAACGUAUUGAUGCAAUCAUCAACAUGAGAGACCCAGAAAACCACGAAGAAUUAAAGACAGUGUUAGGCAUGCUGGAAUAUGUAGGAAAAUUCAUUCCACGUCUAAGCCAAUUAAAUGCACCACUAAGAGAGCUCAAGAAGCGAGAAGAAUGGUCGUGGGACGCACCAGAGAAGCAAGCUUUUGCAAAUAUUAAGGAAGCCUUAACUUCAACGAAAGUGCUCAGAUACUACGAUGUCAAUAAACCUUUGAGAUUGACAGUGGACGCGUCAACAAAAGGGCUUGGAGCAGCGGUUAUUCAGAAUGAUGGAGUAGUAGCAUACGCAUCGAGGGCAUUGUCGCCAGCCGAACAACGGUACGCCCAGAUAGAAAAAGAAAUGUUAGCAGUAGUGUAUGGAUGUGAGAAAUUUCACAAAUUGAUAUAUGGAAAAUCAGAUAUAACAAUAGAGAGUGAUCAUAAGCCACUUGAGAAUAUAAUGAGGAAGCCCAUAGUUUCUGCUCCUAUGAGAAUACAGCGCAUGAUGCUGAAGUUACAGCCUUAUCAAUUUGAGCUGAAAUAUGUCAGUGGGAAGGAAAUCGGUUUAGCUGAUUGUUUGAGUAGAUUACCGUUAAAUGGGAAUGUUGAAAAUUCUAUGGAUGAUGAGAUGAUGAUCUUUAAUGCAGAUAUUCAUGCUUCAGAAUUAAGUGCAAAGUUUGACAACAUUGUAGAGGCAACGCAGCAAGAUGUUAACCUUCAAAUUUUGAAGCAAGUCAUAUGUGAAGGAUGGCCUGAAAGGAAAUCACAAGUGCCACUGGCAGCAUCACAGUAUUGGGAUUUUAGAGACCAAAUGUCAGUACACAAUGGAAUUGUUUUCAGAGGGGAAAGGACAGUUAUACCUUUUGAGUUAAGACCAGAAAUUCUUAAAAUUAUUCACAGCUCUCACAUGGGAAUUGUCAAAUGUAAACAACGAGCCAGGGAAUUGGUAUUUUGGCCGGGAAUGAACAAACAAAUUGAGGAAGUG